AUGCGGGGGAUAUGGCAGCAGACUUCUCGGCCUAAUUUGAGCUUCACCACUGCCAGAACAACCGUCAAGUCCACAUUUGGCCGGCGCAGCGCGACUCGUCACGGAACCCGCAGUAAUAAAGUCGCAGCUUGCGAUGUCUUCGCAGCUUUCCUCGCGCCCCUGUUGGCCGCGGCGGCAUUCGCCGACACUUCAUGGAAGAAUAGCAAGAGGAAAGAGUGGGAGAUCCGCUUCAAGGAGAUCAGCGACGAGGUAGAGCGUCUCAAGGCACGUGAGGUCGAGGUAUGGACACGCAUACAGCAUCGGUCAAUCAGGCGCGGCGCAAUAAGUCAACGACGCAUGUACUCGACCGCUGCUCAUGCAAUAUCCUGGGACAAGAUUGAUGCAGAGGACUGGGCAGAAGCGUUUGAGGAAGAUGCCGAACGAACUGCGACUCAACAGGCUCAGGACAAUCAAGCGCCUGCCGCAAAUCCUGCGACAGCGCCGCUGGUGAUGCGUCAGUCGAGGGCCAAGGUGCUCGAAUACGAGAGUCUCGUGCGCAAGCGACUGAUCCUUCGUCUGCUGCUCUACGUAUACUCGGACCACGACCCGAAGUACGAGGACAAAUAUCAUGUCCAAAUUCAGAAGAAUGUGCUCCCAGAGGAGAUUGGUCGAGUAGUCAUCGAUUUGCAAGCCAUAACACAGCAGCUGCGAACUAUGGCCCACUAUGCGUUGCGCGACCGUCCUGGACAUUUCCUCGAGGCCGAAAUAGAGCUUGGAAGUCCAGUGUUCAGUCGACAGCACGACCGUCAGCAGCUUCGCAACCUCGCCGAAGACUACCGCGCAGGAAAGCUUGAUACGCGCGUUCUUAUUGACUGUCUAGUAGAAUGGCUGCUGGACUCAGAUCGACCCCCUGGUCCAUAUGCGUUCGUACAACUCAUCCUGGUAUUCACACACUGCGGCCUGGAUCAGCCCGCGGAUUACGCCGUGUCGGCACUACGAACCUCUGGUUACACCAUCCGCCAAACCGAGAUCGUUGCAAUCCUGGAGAUGUGCUCGAAUCUCCGGGACUUGAAGACGUUCGACUGGCUCAUCCAGCAACUGACCAGCAAGGACGGCUUCCUACGUAAUGGGCGAUAUCUGUGGAACUGGAUCAGAGUCGAUGGGACACUAAUUGCGGCACCCGCUCUUUUCAGCCCGUUCUUGUAUAGAGGACUAAUACGGUCAACAAUCAACUUUGGACAAAUGGAUCGUGCUGCUGCAUACUAUAAGAUGACGCAGAAGUACAGCUGGGCUGCCAGCCAUGAAUCAUAUGUCCUGAAAGCCUUCCUUCAAUACCACGCAAUCAAUCGCGACUGGGACAAGGGCAAAGGCUGCAUAGGUCGAGCCCUCCGGCACCUGACGGAUGACACGCUGAUACACAAUCAUGCAACGCCGGAGCGAGCAACUCGUCAAAUAGCGGUGAUUUGCCUACGUAUUGCCGAUCUCUUCGCCGCUUGCGACAAGCAGCAAAUGCUCACGGCGUGGAUCACUCUUGUGGCCAGGGAAGGAAUACCGGCUCCUGACUUGGAUGCUAGCAAGAGAUCGCGUAGUGCAAGUCUCAGAUCGAUUGCAGGACAAUGGACCGGAGCGGCAGAGACUCUCGGCAACCCACCCGCGCCGUUGACGGCAGAUGGCUUCGGCGGGUUUCGAAAGGCAGUGCAGAGCUUCGCUGACUCCUUCGGACUCGCAAUGCAGGAAAUUGAUGACACCGCGGCCUCAAUGGACCAGAGCGUCUCGUCGCAGCGCACACGCCAAGAUCAAGAACAAACCGGAGCAUCAAUGGAGGUAUCGACGCCUUAUUCGUCGCCACAUGUGCCAAUACAGGGGCCCAUAAACGAGCCGACUCAGCCACUCGAAGCACCUCCUAAUCAGCACUUCACAAACUCUGAGCUUGUGAAUGAGACCAGGCGGUCUGUGGGGGUGUCCCAUGUUCAGCCCCCAGCGCCCGUACCACCCACUAUUCCACCCGAUUUCUUCGAGGCAAUGGAGAUGGUUAGGGAUGAACGAGCCUCUCUUGAGAGCGCCCGUCGGGCCCAGCAGCAGCAAUUACAAUCCGCCCUCGACCAGAUCAACGCGCUGAAAGCAGAGACGAUAGCCUUACACAAGAGACUUGACAGCAGUCGAGACAGUCAGCCUCAGGAGGUGCAGAUGCCAUCCGUCCUGCAUAGUCUACCUUCGGCAGAAGCAGAAACACAAGUUCAGAGUGAGCCACUCGAAAAGACGCCACCAAUGCGUACAUUGGACAACGGAACAACUGAAGAAGGAUAUCAUUUUGUCGAUUCCAGUAAUCGCGGUCUUCUCGGCACUUCCGGCGGGUCUGGUCACGUGCUUCCAGAAUCUCCAAUGGCGGAAGGUGACUGGCGUUGUGGCUGCCAACAUCACAACUAUCACAGCAAUAAGAAUUGCCGCCUUUGUGGCGAACCUCGAGCCAAUGCCGUGUUUGUUGCGCGGUCUGCAAUAUUGCGUCCGUCAACGGCUGGGACGCCCGCCAGGCACUCGAACUCAGCAAAGAUGAACUCGGGCGUACAGGCGAUUUCCGGGUCCCAAUCGAGACAUUGGCAUUUGCUGAGCGACGCUACAUCGUCUACAGAUGACAAAACGGUAGCGCCGCAAGCCACGGAACUUGCUCCCGAGUCAGUCCCUCGCCCGCACUCGGCCGAGCUAUCGUUCCCCAGUGAACACAUGCUGCCACCACAGCAGGAAGAUAACCCCGAAGCGGAAGACUCUGGCUACGACUCCCUGCCUGAAUCACCAGCGUCGUCGCUCUUCGAUGCACCCCCAUCGCCAUCUCCCCAUCCUAUUCCUGUGACGAUGUAUCGCAGCCUCGAUGUGGAUAGUUUUCUGGACAACAGCGAACGCCCAAUAAUUCGAAGAACAAACAACAUGCUGCCUCGAGCCUCCCUGAGGGACAAAGGACUUGAGCACAAGUCGUUCACCCCAGUCGACGACGAUGACCCGGCGAUGCGAAUACUUCCCCGCCAAGCGAAGCAGAAGAUGACAGGUUCUGGGACAGAAAAGCAAAUAUCCGAUCGGAUCAAGCUGCUCACAGAGGCGAAGAAGCGGGGUCGAGCCGCCAAUGCGGAGGCGAGGAGGGCGUAUCUUGAAGAACAGGCUGCCUUGUCUGCUUAA